GAGACGAAAGAGGAGGAGCAAGGAAGAAGCAGCUCUUAGAGCUCAAGCAGCAAAACAAAAACAAAAACAAAAAAAAAUCUCUGAUCCUCCGUUUGAAUUUUCUUUUAUUAAACUCCCAAUGGAGAAUUCCGAUCAUGAUCUGAGUUCUAACCGUAAUUCAUUGGCGCGUCAACUGGAUUUCUCCGUCCCGGCUGCGGCGGCGGAGGAUGUGGAAACGAAGAUGAUGGAUGAAACUGAGAAGAAGCAGUCGCAGUCUCUUCUCGAUUCGGAGUCGUCUCGGGAAGAUCAAAGAGAUGAAGACUUGCCUUCGCAGCCUCAAGCUUCCGAGGAGCAAGGGGUAGUAAAGUCUCUGAAUCAGCCACCGCGUUCUCCGGUUAGAUCUUGGCAGUUAUCAGUGACGGAAGAUGUCACGCCGCCACAGAGACCUCCGGUUCAUCGGUUUGGUCAUCCAUUGGGGACGUGUCGUGUGAGCAAGAAAGAGCCUUUGACACCACGUGGGAAACAGACGGAAGCUGAGUCUAAAGAUGAUACUCCUAAUAAACAGAAGCAUUGCAACUGUAAAAAUUCUAGAUGCUUGAAGCUGUACUGUGAGUGCUUUGCGUCGGGAUCGUAUUGCAAUGGUUGCAACUGUACGAAUUGUCAAAACAAUUUGGAGAAUGAGACCGCUAGACAAGAAGCCAUCGCGGGGACUUUAGAGCGUAAUCCUAAUGCCUUCAAGCCUAAGAUUGCUGGUAGUCCUCAUGGAAUUAAUGAUUUCCAGGAGGAUGUGCGGCAACUCCUGAUUCUGGGAAAACACAGCAAAGGAUGCCACUGCAAGAAAUCAGGAUGUCUCAAGAAGUACUGCGAGUGUUACCAGGCUAAUGUCUUAUGUUCAGAGAAUUGUAGAUGUCAAGAUUGCAAGAACUUUGAAGGAAGCGAAGAAAGACGCGCCCUUCUUCAUGGAUCGCAGCAUGUCUCAGAAACCUACAUACAACAGACGACCAAUGCGGCUCUCAACCGCGCCACGUUUGGAUAUCUGAACACUCCUGAAUCAAGAAAGAGAAAAAGCAAGAACGCUUCACCUGCGGUAAAUCACGUUAUAAGGAAUGGUGACACUUCUCUGUUUUCAAUCCCUAACAACAAAGUUGUACCGGGAACUCCCACAUGUACUUACAGGUCUUCUCUGUCAAAUACUAUCCAGCCGCGUCAUGUCAAAGACUUAUGUACGCUUUUGGUCACCAAAUCGGUAGAAGUAGCAAAUAAAUAUGCAGACAAAAGGAGGAAACAUGAGAAAGACCUUUCACUUGAUCCAGCCCAGAGAGAUGCUAAUGAGAACAAUGACUCUCCAGAUUGUGUCCUUGAUUCUACUAGAAUGGACGAGAAGCCUUUAUCUCCGGCAACGCGUGCAUUGAUGUGUGAUGAUGAACAUGUGAUCGCAUCAGAGAAAGAGACAUCUGCCGGGGUGAAAACAAGCCAAGAGAAAGAAGACGCAGUAGACACAAACUCGGAGAUAUACUUAGAGAAAGAAAGACAGAUCUUGUCGAGCUUCAGGGACUUUCUCAUUCAGCUUUCAACCCGUGGGAGCAUAAAAGGAACAAAUAGCAAAACCAACACAAAUCCAAGUAGAAAGGAACCACAAGAUGAAGAAGAGCAAGGCCAUCGAGACUGAAGUUUGCGGUAACCCUUAGGAACAUCUAAUUCUUUUUAACAUAUGUUCCUGUCACAACUGUUUUAAAGUUUAUAUAGGAAGAUCAGAUUAGAUUAACAAUUAUUCAUUCAUUGGUGAGAA